UUUACAUUAUAUAUUUGUACUAUGAAACCUAUCCAAUAUGUAUAAAUAUUUAAUUGAAUAGUAUUUUAGUAUUUGCAAAUACUCUGUUUUGGCAUUUGUAUUUUCCUAAAAUUUAAAAUAUUUGAAGUAAAAUCAUGAUGCAAAGUGUCUACUUGUAAAGUUGGACGACAUAGAUAUCAUGUGAGACCAAGUUAAAGGGCAUAUUUAUGUAUCAUGUCAUACAAUAAGAGGGUACAUCGCCCCUGUGUAGCUUGAGCUCGUGUCAUGGAAGGAGGCCAUCGAUGACCAAGUAACACUAAAUAUCUCUUUUGUUGUAUUGUUGGUGUCUAAUUAUAGAAAUAUUACGUACUACAUUGACGUCAAUCUAAUUAAAAGAUAUAUAGGUAGAGUUAGCCUUGUUGAAAAUAAGAAGAAAGACGAUCUGGAAGUGAAUUAGCAAUGGAUUAUGAAGAAGAAUGGGCUGAGAUAAAGGCUAUUGACGAUACAAAGGCUGGUGUUAAGGGACUCGUCGAUGCUGGAGUAGUCGAGAUUCCAAGAAUUUUCGUUAGGCCGCCUCAUGAACUUGCUGAGGAAUUGAAUAUGUGCAAGUCGUCAACUCUACAGGUUCCGGUGGUUGAUCUAAGUGGCGUAGAAUUUGAAGAUGGACGUAAGAAGAUUGUUGAUGAAAUAAGGGAAGCAUCUGAGAAAUGGGGAUUUCUCCAGGUGAUAAAUCAUGGGAUUCCUUCAAGUGUUUUGGAAGGAAUGAUCGAUGGGACUCGUAAAUUUCAUGAACAAGAUGUUGAAGUGAAGAAAGAGUACUAUUCGUCUGAUCUAACUCGAGAAGUUAGAUAUGAUAGUAAUCUUCACGUGUACAAAACAAAAGGAACAAGUGUUAACUGGAAAGAUACACUCUUCAUCUCUGCUGUAGUUUCUAAACCCGAACAAAUACCACGAGUUUGCAGGAAAACAUCCCUUGAGUACAUAGAUCAUGUCAAGAAACUAGCCGACAUUCUUCUUGGCUUACUAUCAGAAGCUCUUGGGCUAAAACCUGACCACUUGAAAGCCGCGGAAUGUGAUAAAGGACAAGUGUUGGCAUGCCAUUACUACCCGGCAUGCCCACAACCAGAGCUAACUCUUGGUACCGCUAAGCAUACAGAUCCUAGCUUCAUUACAAUUGUGCUUCAAGAUCAGAGUGGUGGGCUACAAGUCAUGCAUGAUAACCAAUUAGCCGAUGUUACACCGAUUAAACAUGGUUUGGUUGUUAAUAUUGGUGACCUUCUUCAGAUCCUAUCGAAUGACAAGUUUGUAAGUGCAAAUCAUAGAGCUGUAGUGAACAAGAUAGGACCAAGGAUUUCAGUGGCAUGCUUCUUCAAUGGUCUUUUAGCACCUUCAAAGAUGUAUGGUCCAAUCGAAGAGCUCAUAUCUGAAGAAAACCCUCCACUAUAUAAAAAUUUUCAAGUAGUUGAUUAUGUUACCAAGUUUUUCUCGAAGCCUCUCGAUAAGACUGCUCUUGAUCUUUUCAGACUGAAGAGAGACAGAUCACCAUAAACCAUCAGAUAUAAGAACAAUGCCAGAGUUUGUGAUUUUCUGUACAAUAAAUGUCAGUUUUUUUUUCAAAUAAAGGGAUAAUAAUGUAUGGACUAUCAUCGUUCAUCCCCUUUUAACAA